ACCAUGUGAAGUUGGCUGCAAUUCGAACUGUCAUUUUUUCUCUCUUUCUUUUGCGGUCUUUCGAUCCAAGAUGACGAAAGGUACAUCCAGCUUUGGUAAACGCCAUAAUAAGACGCACACUUUGUGCCGUCGUUGCGGUCGUUCUUCCUACCACAUCCAAAAGUCCACCUGCGCUCAAUGCGGCUACCCAGCAGCUAAAUUGCGUUCCUACAACUGGUCCAUCAAGGCCAAGAGGAGGAAGACCACUGGUACCGGCCGCAUGCGUCACUUGAAGGUUGUCAGACGCCGUUUCCGUAAUGGUUUCCGCGAAGGCACCCAAGCUAAGCCCAAGAAGACCACCCAAGCUAAAUAGAUGCCGUGUAUCUAUAGUUAAUUAGUGCAGGAGUUUGUCCUUCAAGGGUAUUUAGGAAUGCCUUUGUCUCUUUUUUUGUUUAUGACCACACACACACACACUUAUUUUUGUAUGUUUUAUGAUGUUUGAAAAGUUUGAAAUAAACAAAACACAAGAUUGUAAUAAAAAAAUUGCAAAGGUA